ACAUACAAUUCACUAUAAUUUCAAUUGGAUUCUUUUCAGUUGGGCUGACUUACACUAUAUGAGCGUCGAUGACUGUUGUCCCUUACCGGCUUUAAAGAUUUUAUUUUGAAGGUAGAGAUGGCCCGUUUCCGCUAUAAGCCGUUGUAAACAGUGUUAACAUUUAGCCAGACAGCCCGAGCAGCAUCAUAGCUAGCUACAAACGAUUGUUUCCCGACACCAUUUCAUGGUUAAUCUCGUGCUUUGGCCGUUUUGUCUCUAAAUUUAUACAAAUAGCGAAUACUGUUAACUUUCAAGGAAGGUGUCUUGCGGUUUUAUUGUAAAACUUAAUGCACUUGUUUCACAGUCUGGCUGUGGGAGAGAUUGAAGGCGGUCUCCUCGUCAAAGACUGUCGACAGAAAUGAAAAGCCAACAGAAAAGCCCUGAUCCAGAUGGAGGCGUGACAGUGAACGAGGAAGUGGCCACAGCAGAGGACCCAGCAGCUAUUGCCACCAUCCAGUCUGCAGCUACCUUUACUGACCAACCUAUUAAAUAUCUUUUCAAGACAGAAGGAGCAGGCGGCCAAGUGACCUACAGAGUGAUCCAGGUUUCAGACGGCCAGCUGGAGGGUCAAACAGAGGGAGCCGCCGCAGUCAGCUUGGUCACUGGUUUCCCUGCAACCACACAGACGGUCACACAGGCUGUGUUCUCCCAGUCUGAUGGGUUGGAAGGAGACAGCGGCACAGAGACACAGUACACCUACUAUCCUGCCACCAUCGCAGACGCCACCACCGGCACCAUGGUGACCACAGUGCAGGCCUCUGACACAUUGCUGGGUCAGACCACACCCACAGGGCAGCUUUAUGUGAUGAUGUCACCACAGGAAGUUUUGACAGGUUCCAAUCAAAGGACAAUCGCUCCUCGCACACAGCCAUACAUUGCAAAGCAAGAGGCUCCUCGGGCUUCCAGAGAUGAGAAACGACGAGCCCAGCACAAUGAAGUGGAGCGCCGGCGCAGGGACAAGAUCAACAACUGGAUUGUGCAGCUGUCGAAAGCUAUCCCAGACUGUAACAUUGACUACACCAAAACAGGACAGAGUAAGGGAGGAAUCUUGUCAAAAGCCUGUGAGUACAUCAAGGAGCUUCGACAAAGCAACCUGAAGCUGGGUGAAGAUAUCAGCACGCUCGAUCGUCUCAGAAUCGACAACCAGCUACUCAGACAGGAGGUGGAAGACUGGAAGUCCAAGAACCAGAUCCUGAGAAAUCUGCUGCGACAGCACGGCAUUGUGGGAUCAUCCAGCACGGACCCCCAGUGAGAAGCCUGUCUCAAAUGUAUUUGAAGACAACCAAGUAUGGGCCAAAAGAGUACUUGAAAAGCUUUGAGACACUUUUUUGAUGGAGUAUGCAUAAAAUGGGGAAAUUAGGGGUUGUUAUCUAGUAAUCAGAUCCAGCUUGUUUGCAUAAUGAAACUCUUGUCUUUGAAGAUUUUUACUAAAUUACAUCUUUGCCUUGGGAAUACAACAGAAUUUUAAUAUGUUAAAGACACAGGAAUUUAAUAAAUGUCAACUGUCAGCCUCACAAAUGCCUUCCUCCCUAUUUUGAGAUAGUUCAUUAACCUCAAAGCUCUACAACAUGACCAACUUCUCACAUGAGUUUUUAAACCUCAUCAUUACAGUGCUUCUUUGUAUCAGAUGCACUCGUUUAUGUCGCAGAAAAGACAAUAUAUCCAUGCUUUGACUUUUCUUCAUCUAUGUCAGUAUCAUUUGAUGCUAUGCCUGUAUGAAAGUAUAUUUAUAUACAGUAAGCGGUUCACUCCAAGUUUGUUAUCUAGUUCAUAGAUAAGCUCUUUUACUUUGUAUUUUGUAUGUCUCAUGAAACCUGACUUGGGUCAAUAAUUGCAUUGCAACAAUGUACUAACUAAACAAACAAGGGUUGUGAAGCAUGGCAUUGUAGGUAGGCUAUGUAUGUCUUUUUAAUAAAAACAUUAAAUAAGUUACUUCA